GUGCUUAGUGAGUGUGAGGAAGUCCGUGACCCAGAGGGGAGCAUCCACCGCCACGGCAGCGUACGUCACGUGACCACCUUGUCUGCUGCUGGCUGAGUGAAGCGUGUUAGCAGAUUUUUCUAUUUUGUACAUACAGAGUUUUGUAUAUACUGUAUAUGAUGAGCUCGCUGGGCGGCGACAAGGCCCGGGGCCCUCGGGAAAAAGCGCUGCCUCCUGCCACUCAAACAUCACAACACCAGAAACAGAUUCAGGCUACUGCCGAGCAAAUCCGGCUUGCCCAGGUGAUCUAUGACAAGAAUGAUGCCGACUUUGAGGACAAAGUUAACCAGCUGAUGGAAGUGACCGGGAAGAACCAGGAUGAGUGCAUGGUAGCACUCCACGACUGCAACGAGGAUGUUAGCAGAGCCAUCAACUUUCUGCUAGAGAGCCCCUCGGAUAUGACCUCAUGGGAGACUGUAGGAAAGAAGAAGCCCCUGGUGAAGGAGGGUCCAUCGGACAGCAAGGAGAACAAGGAAAACAGGGAGAAGAAAGGAGAGCGGGAGGCCAGCAAGGGCCGUGCAGCGGCCAACCGCAAGGGCAGGGGCGCCAGUCGCAGUAGGCCGGCGCGUCCAGAGGAGAACGGAGUGGAGGUGACGCCAGUAGACAGAGGUUCAGAUCGAGGUCGCAGGGCCAGAGGUGGGAGCCGAGGUUCUGGAGGUCGAGGCAGAGGCAGAGGACCACCAGGGAGCCGGUUCUCAGCCCAGGGCAUGGGGUAUGGUGCACAUGCACACUCUCAGGGGGUUUCACAUUCCUUUAGCCUCUUCAAUCCAGCGGACUAUACCUCGGAGGCUGGGUCAGGGAGCACACAGACUGAGGUGUGGGACACGGCGGCCAACCACAUCACAGAAGGGACAGUUCCCUGGAGGGGCCCCUUGGAAGACUGGGCGUCUGAGGACUGGAGCGAGGACGUUAGUCUCUCGGAGACCAAAGUGUUCACCUCCUCGUGUGCACCUGCCGCUGAGAACCACAUCACGCCUGGGCAGAGUCUGGACCUCGCCUCGCUGCUGCAGAAGCCUGUAGUCGGAGGAAGAGAGCCACCUUCCUCCUCUUCCACUCAGAGUCUGAUCUUCACGAACUCCCACCACCACCAGCCACCGCAACAGCAGCUUCCCCCCAGUCGCAACGCCACCAGUAGCACUAGCUAUGCUCAUGCUGCUCUGUCGUCAGUUCUGGGAGCUGGUUUUGGGGACCUGGGGCAGGCCAAAAGGCCUCAGCCCAGCGCUGGAGCCCAGAUACUGGAACAGCUGAAGGGCCCUGGCCUGGGUCCGCUGCCUUCUUCCCAGGCCGCGCCUCCUGCCAGCUCUCAAGGAAGCAACACUUCCAUUUGCCGACUGCCAGGCCUGGGAGCCCCUGUACCUCCACCCUCCUCAUCUAGCUGGGACAUAAAGGUUUCGGAAUCCAACACCACCACGCUGUCCUCGCAGUUCAGCCGUGAGUUUGGCCUGCAGCCGGAGCCUUCUCUGGUGCUGAGCCAGCUGGUUCAGAGGCACAGCGGCCCAUCCCUGCCACUGGCACGUCAACCCAGUCCUCCAUCGCAGCAACAAGCGCCCCCAGGUUCAGCCUCGCCCGCCGCCCACCAUGUCAGCUUGCCGGCACAGGGCGGUCCGGGGAUGGCUUCUGCCGGUGCUAAACCUCCUGCCCCUGGCGCAGGGCUGGACCCUCAGGGUGGCAGUACACAACAGCAGCAACGGGCACAGCUCAAAGGCCUGAAACGAAGGAUGCCUCCCUCGUCGAAGAUCCCCUCCACAGCGGUAGAGAUGCCGGGCUCUGCUGACGUCCCUGGGUUGAACCUCCAGUUCGGAGCUCUGGACUUCGGCUCGGAGUCCGCGUUGCCAGAGUUUGGGGUUGUUGACAAGUGUGCAAUGGCAGCAUCCAGGGAGUCCACAACGGCCCCUGCACCGGGACCAGGGACACAGAGCCAAACCAGCCUGUAUUCCAAACCCCUCAGUGAGUCCCUGGGCAGCCCUCUCUCUGUGGCCCUGCCUCUGCCUCUCUCGUCACCAGAGCCAGUGUAUCACUCCUCGGUGCCGAGGGCCAGCCUCGCUUCCUCCUCAUUAGGAGCCGCCAGUACCUCAAACACCCCCUCAUGUUCUUCUACAGCCUCCACCACCUCUCCUUCUGUACCCUCCUCCUCUCACUACAACACAGUGGGGGGAAGUUACGAUGGGACCAUGCCCCCUCACACACGACUGGCCUUUUCCCAGAGUAAAGAGGCCACAGGGCCAGUCAUGAAUGGUCUGAAUGGUGUAAGGACCUCUGCUGCUCUAGACACUUCAUCAGCAUCCUCUACCCCGAAGCCGGAUUCGCCGUUGAACAUCAGCAGCAACGGCGCCUCGGCACCCUCUUCCCACUUACAAUCCCUGCCUGCACACAGCUCCAGCACGCUCUCCAACCUGACCCAGGACCUGCCCUCAGCCAGCCAACUCAACUCUCUCAACAGUCAUGUCAGCAAUCAUUCCUCGUUGUCAGCUCUGGGCUCCAGCUCCCUCGCUUACACCAGUGUUGACAACAGCAGCUCCCACGCUCCUUCCACGGGCCCCUACACGUCAUCGCAGCACGCGGCACUCCACUCGACCCACAACAGCAGCCACAGUAGCAGCGGCAUGAGCCACCUGGCCAACAUGCCCAACAUGGGCAACAGCUUGAGCGGCACAGUCGGAGGCCUCGUCGGCGCUAGUGUGCUUCACUCUGCUGCCAUUGCCGCCAGCUCAGCGCUGGGACUUGGCUCCAAUGGAGCUACCGCCACGUCCAACCUCUCUGCACCAAGGACCACCACCCUGCUCUCCUCUGCCACUGGUAAAGCGCCCCCUAAUUUAUCCCAGGGGGUGCCUCCUCUGCUGCCCAACCAGUACAUAAUGGGCCCGGGGGGGCUGCUUCCAGCGUACCCACAGAUCUACGGUUACGAAGACCUCCAUAUGCUACAGUCCAGACUGCCAAUGCCCUCUUUGCAGGAUUACUAUGGAAUCACAUUCCCUGGCCCCACAGCGACUCUCUCUGGCAGAGACGGGAGCUUAGCCAACAACCCCUACACAGGGGAAGUCACAAAGUUUGGCAGAAAUGACUCCACUUCCCCGGCGCCCCCAACGAGCCUGGCGGCCGUGCAGGCUGCACAGGCUGCUCAGGGCCAGAGCCAGGGCCAGAACCAGAACCAGCCGCAGCCCCCCCAGGCGCAGCCACAGCCCCAGGGCCAGCCGCAGCACCACAGCAGUCAGCAGGCCUUUCUGCCUCCAGGCUACAGCUACACGGGCCUGCCUUACUACCCCGGGGUGCCUGGUGCCGUACCCAGUGCUGCUGCCUUCCAGUACGGCCACACCAUGUUUGUUCCCCCUGGGGGCCCGGGACCGGCCUCAGCCAAGCAGCACAGCAUGGGCCUGGGUCUGGGAAACCCCUCGGGGAGCCCCUUCCAGCAGCAGACACAGCAGCAGCCCAGUGGCUACGGCCAGCACGCCUUCAGCUCAGGAUAUGAGGAGCUGACCGCGGGGCCAGCAGGAGUGGACUACAGUAAAGGAUACAACUCCUCCUCACAGGCACAAGCCAAAUCCACUGGUUCUGGGCCCGGAAAAGGUGUCUCGGUGACUUCCAGUAACUCCGGUGUGCCAGACAUCAGUGGAAGUGUUUACAAUAAGACCCAGUCUUUUGAUAAGCAGGGUUUCCAUGCGGGGACCCCUCCUCCCUUCAGUCUGCCAUCAGCACUGGGGGGUCCGGGGCCUCUGAACCCCGGAGCGGCUCCUGGGGGCUAUGCGCCGACCCCAUUCCUCCACAUCCUGCCUCACCAGCAACCGCACUCGCAGCUGCUGCACCACCAUCUAGCUCAGGAUGGACAGGGUGGUCCGAGCCAGCGCAGCCAGUCCAGCAACCUGCAGCAGAAGAGCCAAGUCAACAAGUCGGGCUAUGGCAGCUCCCCCUACUGGGCCAACUGAGAUGGUUGCAUCGACAUAGCACCACAACCGCUAUCUGACUGAGUAAAUAGAGGGACAAACCAUUUUACAACACAAGCUAAAACACACACACUACCACCCCUCCCCCCGUUUAUUCUGUAUAUCCCCUUUUCAAAUUUAUGGCUGUUGUAUGUAAAAUAUAUUUAUGUAUGUAUUUAUACAGUAUAUAUGUAUUGGUAGGACAUCAAAUGUGGUUUUCUGCAUUGUUUUUUAUUUUGAAGGACAUUUUAUUUCAAAAAAAUGUGGAAAAAUGAGAAUGCUAAAUCAUGGAGAUGAAGUUGAUGAAUAUACUUGAACACAAGCAUCUUGUGAUGUGGAUUUCUUUUUUGUAUGCAUACAUGAACUGAGAAUGAUGUACAUAGAUUCUACACAUCAUUGUCACGGCAAAGGCCUUUUUGUUUUAGAAGAUAUGUUUUGGUAACUUUUGUCUCCUGCAUCUGUGAAUCCUUAUUGAGGGUGACUUGAGUUGGUAGCUUGACAUUUACUUUGACCCUAUUUCCCUGUCUUACUAGUUGGCUGGUUUCACCAGCCAGGCCUUUGAUGUCAUUUUAACAUUGGUUUAAUCCUUGUUGUCCAAAUUAAAAGUUCUUAAGUUUA